AUGGCCACUCUAGUCCCUCCUGCAACUACUGCUCCACCGGCUGCUUCGAAACCCACCGUGAUCGAACCGGAGAAAGUCGAUUACUUGAACUUGCCUUGCCCUAUUCCAUAUGAAGAAAUCCACCGCGAAGCUCUCAUGUCCUUGAAACCUGAACUUUUUGAGGGGAUGCGCUUUGAUUUUACGAAAGUACUCAAUCCUAGAUUUGUGCUCAGUCACAGUCUUUUCAUGGGACCUACAGAAAUUCCUUCACAGUCUUCUGAAACAAUUAAAAUACCCACUGCACACUAUGAAUUUGGUGCCAACUUCCUUGACCCAAGGUUGAUGCUUUUUGGGAGACUAUUGACGGAUGGGAGGCUGAAUGCCAGAGUGAAGGUCGAUUUGUCCGAGAAUCUUACUUUGAAGGCCAAUGCUCAACUUACGAAUGAGCCUCAUAUGUCGCAAGGAAUGGCCAAUUUUGAUUAUAAGGGCAAAGAUUAUAGAUCUCAAUUUCAACUAGGAAGUGGUGCUUUAUUUGGAGCCAAUUACAUCCAGAGUGUGACCCCCAACUUGUCUUUGGGUGGUGAAGUAUUCUGGGCUGGUCAGCAUCGAAAGUCUGGCAUUGGUUAUGCUGCUCGAUACAACACAGAUAAGAUGGUUGCUACAGGACAGGUUGCUAGCACUGGAAUGGUUGCUCUUAGCUAUGUUCACAAAGUAUCUGAAAAGGUUUCUCUAGCAUCAGACUUCAUGUACAACUACAUGUCAAGAGAUGUAACUGCAAGCGUUGGUUAUGAUUAUAUUCUUCGUCAGUGUCGUCUUAGAGGGAAGAUUGAUUCUAAUGGUUGCACAGCUGCUUUUCUGGAAGAGCGGUUAAAUAUGGGGCUUAAUUUUAUUCUUUCAGCUGAGAUAGAUCACCGGAAGAAAGACUACAAGUUUGGUUUCGGGUUGACAGUAGGAGAAUAG